CGAUGCUUCCAUGCCAGGCGAAAAAGCGCCAGAAGAUGGAUGAUGGAACGAAGACCAUGUCUCAGGCUUUGGCCCUGGGCUACGAUAUAAUCCAGCGAAAGAACGGCGAAUCCCCACCCGAGGAGCGAUUUCGUGAACUUGAGGAAGAGAUCAACCGUCGCGGAUUUGGGGAACUGCGUCACAGCACCAGCAAUUUUCCCGGUGACCGAAAGCCCGUUGAUGGAAUGGCGGCAAGAGAGCUCCUCUAUCAUGGAAUCAAUUUCGCCGACUCGGAUCCUUUUUUCCAUGCCGCCAUCGGCUGUUCCUUCGAACAUGCAGGGAAGGAAGGUCCGGGACUUGUAUUCUGGGCUAAAAACCCAAGCCAGUUGAAACGUUUCCAUGCCGGAGCACGCAGUACGGCAUUCAUAUACUGUUCAGCAACGAACGAAGAGCUUCAUGAGGAGAACGGCCUCUUUCGCAUUGUGGAAGGCUCCCAUACGAUGAUGCAAGGACAAGUUGAUGAAACUGCGACUACCAGCAUCCGUCUUCGGCCAAAUGAGGUGCUGAUAAUGUCUUCCAACUUGACAAUUGAGUAUCCAACAGCAGGAGGAGGAGUUGGCAUCUGGAUGAUGGUGUAUCGCCCUAAGUGAUACAGUUCUCGAACAUGGAGACAUAUAUAUAUAUACACUUCACUCAUUACAGGAAUGUGGGAUCUAGGGUUGCAAACAUCGGAUCAUCUUCAUAGUAACCAUUGAAGAGUGUUGGAUCUUCGGCAGACCUUGCCCAUUGCCUCUCCUUCUCGGUCAUGUACGAUUUGUAGUAUAUUUCGUCCUCAGUUUUAUAAUCGUAUUGGAGCAAAUCGCAAAUCUCCUGUAACCUGGAAAUUUUGUCAGCCAAGUCCGACGACCAGUGAGCCCGAUGACAUACGAUAUGGG